AUGAGCGAUGUGAUUGGUGUGCCCGACUCAUCGAACGACGACCCACACUGCGCACAUGAGAAAUUGACCGAGGAGCAGCACAACUUAAAGGAAAAAAGCAACUUCAAAACAUUGGACGCACAGAAGCACAGUGGGGGUAUAUGUGUGCCACGCUACCUGACCGGGAAUUCCUGGCUGGCGGGUCAAUCGAUCGUCAUAACCAGGACAGUUGCUGGGUCGUCGUUCGAUGAGUUGGGCACACGGAUCACAAGUUUGAACUCGUUGGCCUGUUCAGACGUGAAAAUUCAGAUGCGUCGCGUCCAACGUGCGUUGGUGGAGUAG